GUUCCUUAGUAUGAAGACUUGCUUCUUAGCAUAGGCUGCAGCUGUUUGUAUGACACGUGUGUUUCCUUCAUUCACUGUCAUUUGCCCUACCACCUGCCAGGCUGUCAGGCCUACCAAAUCCAUUUUCCGCCUAGCGUUCCUGUUCGGAUGCUUGGCGUUUGUAUAUAAGGGCCGAUCUCUUGCACUUGCUGUUCCCCGAGCGCCUGCUCAUCGACGCGUCCCCGUUCGAUUCAUUCUAAUCCAACGUUUCUGCAGGAAAAUCGCACAUGCACAACCCUCAUUUCCCUUCUAGCCAAGGCCGCUGUUUCGUUUUCAAUAAAUCAACUUCAAAUUCAAAAUGGGUAGUUCUUUUAUCCCGUCCAUCUUGCGCCCGGACUUCACUUGGCCGCGGCCGAUGCCAUAUACGAUUUCUCAGAGGACUCCUCCAGUGCCCCGGAUGCCAAGCAAAACCUCUCGAAUAGCCUGGGGCUACCUUCACAAGGCCCUCUAUUAUCUAUCUCAAUGGUAUUGCUCUUGGUUUGGCAUUGCGUUCGAUGUCAAUAUCUUGCAGUUACCCUUCGGGCUCGUUAUCAAAUGGACAGACCGAACAAGUGUGGAGGAAGCCGCUGCGAUGCAUAUGGCAAGAGCCGCUGGUAUGCCCGUCCCCAGAGUACUAAGCUGCGGGGAGCAUCUGAAUGCCCAUUAUAACCGGAAAUUCUCAAUCCUAAUGACGAGGUUGCCCGGUGUGUCUCUCGCAAACUCAAGGUUUCCGUUGGAAGUGGAUGACGAGGGUCCUUGGCUGCAUGAAUUGAAAACUUGUGUCCAGUCUAUGCGUUCGUGGCGCCCACCUCAUCCAAGUUAUAUCCAUUCUCCCAUAGGCACCGCUAUACGAAGCUCACGGGUUCCUGGUCAUAUCAUGGGCCCUUUUACCAGUGAGAGCGAAUUCUAUAACUUUCUCAUUAGCCCUGCUUCCAGUCACGGAUUUAGUUCACUUGAGGAAUAUGAGCAAGCCUUGUCAUGUGCGAAGAAGCUAGAACAACGUCCACACCGAAUUAUGUUCACCCAUGGGGAUUUCAAAGCACAUAACAUUCUUGUUGAUGAUGAUGGGCAUUUAUCCGGCUUCCUCGAUUGGGAAUCCGCGGGCUGGUGUCCGGAAUACUGGGAGUUUACCACGGCAAUGCGUUUUGGACGGGGUAGCUGGUGGUUCCAAGUCGCUGCUUGGAUGGGAGGGGAUCAAUACCUUGAGGAACUAGCCUCCGAUGUUGCUUUGAACCUGUUGACCGUUGAUUCCUAUAUAGCCUUCUAGCUAGAUUGACUAAGGUACAAGAUUACCUAAUGAAACAGUGUACAUCUCGAAUACACCUUGCUUCCAA